CUUUAAACAGACAGGCAGAGAGCAUGCACCGAUGAAGGAUGAAGGAUUAAACACCACCAGCAAGAGAAUAUGCACCGACGAAGACGCCUAAAUCCAAAGGCUGAUGCCAACUUUGACAUUGAUACUGGAGGGGACAAAGUGGGACUUGACAUCAAAUACAUCAAUGCCUUCAAAGGUCAUGGCAUCUUCACCUCUGCUCUAUUUGAAAAGGGAGAAUUUCUGUUGGAAUAUAGAGGUGAAUUAAUAAGCCAGCAAGAAUGUGAACGGAGACAGAGACUUCAUCACGACUGCCUGAAGGUGUUCAUGUUCGAGUUCCAUUUUAAUGGAAAACUAUGGUGUUUUGAUGCAGCAAAAGAGGAUGGGUCACUUGGAAGACUUGUGAACGAUAAUAAUGUCAACCCCAAUGCCAAGAUGAAGUACCUAAACAUACAAGGGAAGCCCCAUCUGUGUUUGUUUGCAACACGAGACAUCAGUCAAGGAGAGGAGGUCACCUAUAAUUAUGGUGACUCGGAUUGGCCGUGGAGAUGCAAGAAAUCUGAAGGAAAGUCUUCGGACGGGGAGCACGGUGAGGGUCCAUCUACAUCCGAGCCUUCUCAGAGUACUCAAAAGGUGUCAACAAGUAAGAGGCAAGAAAAGAGAUCUCCAGGUGCAUCAACUAGUCUGCUCAAAAGAUAUGAAAAGCUGAUUGAGUCUGCUCAGAGGGACGAAACUGACCAGCUUGAGACCUCUGUGGAUGGCCUGAAUCCAACAUUCACACAACUUGGUCUACUCAACUGGGUUGAAGAGAUGAUAACAGUGAGCUGAUUGAGUCUGCUCAGAGGGACGAAACUGACCAGCUUGAGACCUCUGUGGAUGGCCUGAAUCCAACAUUCACACAACUUGGUCUACUCAACUGGGUUGAAGAGGUAAGCAAGUCUAAACUUAAGUUUCAUUACAUUAUGUGUGAACAAAACAUUAAAUCCUCUUCAUGUGUGCGUCUGUGUGUGUAUGUGUGUGUAGUCGCCUCAUAUGGUUUGGAUGGACAGGGUUAUAUGAGGACACUAGACAUUCAGAAUCAACCUUCUAUAACUAUUGUGUGUGUGUGUAACCACCUCAUAUGGUAUAUAGGGACAAUGAUAUAUGAGGACACUAGACAGUCAGAAUUGACAUUCUAUAACUACUGUG